AUGUUGCUUAUAUUUGUGGGUGAUAUAAUUGCAAUGUUAUUGUUAAAUCUUGAUCCUAUCUGGACAAAAGUUUAUUUGACCACAAGUGCUGUAUCAUUUGUACUAGGAGGAAUUGCCAUCAAUGCUGGAGAGAAAAAGGUGGAAAAAGAUACAAUGAAUGAAAAAGAUUCAAAUAUGGAAGAAAAAAGGGUGGUGGCUAUGCCAAUCUCGACAGAUGACAAGACUGAUGUCGUUUUCGAUUACACAUCAUCAAUAGCUAUUUUGCUUCUCGCUUAUUUCAGCAUCAAAGAAUCAGAGAUUGAUAUUACAGAAAUAUGGUUCUACACAGGUCUCUCUUUUAUUGUUAUUUUCUUAAAAGCUGGCUUUUUUACUUGGUUUUGUAUAAAAAAAUACCACGAUACCAGUGACGAUUUAUUCAUCAAGUAUGUCUCCAUAAUAUUAGUAGUGGGGUUUAUAACAAUCUUAUACACAAGUAUUACAAUCCACUUAUCAAUUUACACCAUCAAUCAUCAUUCUCACGAGGGGAAUAUAAUGCAUAACUUUUUGCUCCGAAAUCCUAAAUCGGUGUUCUGUGCAAGUCUUGUUCUAGCCUUUUUUCUUGAUGCAUCACAAUUUAUAUUUUUUGGGAUAUAUGUUUCUCGCGGUCAUUAUAAAACUGACAAUUACUUAUUCAUUGUUAUACCGACUCUAUUAAUGGUUCUUUGUGCCACUAUAAAAUGCAUUUACGUUAUUGUUAACAGUGGAAAACCAGAACAAAGCAAUGGAGCAGAAGAAAGCAAUGAAGCAAAAGAAAAAGCAAAACAAGUAGUAAAAAAUAUCGUAAAGGGGCAGUUCUAUCAAUCGCUAUUGUUAAUUGUAUUUGCGGGUGAUGUGAUUGAAAUGCUGUUAUUAAAUCUUGAUCCUAUCUGGACAAAAGUUUAUUUGACCACGGAUGCUGUAACAUUUGUAAUAGAAGGAAUUGUCAUUAAUGCUGCAGAGAAAAAGGCAAAUGAAAAAGCAAAGAGGAAUUCAGUUGCUGCUACAGUUUGA